GUCAGAGUCGGAGUCCGGAGUCAUUGUUCGAUUCAUAACUACGAAGCGGCGUGUAGAAGUGGAGGACGGAGAGCGAGCUCGUGUUUGUUAAUUUGCGAAUCCAACCCAAGCUGUUGAGUGAGUUGAAACUGUUAUGAUGUUGUGGUAGGAAGCGGUGGCUGAAUUGAAUACGAAAUGGAUGCAAAAUCAUUGGCAAAAUCGAAGAGAGCUCACUCUCUACAGCAUAGUAAGAAGCCUCGUUCUAUUCAAAAGUUGAAGGCCCCAUCAACAUCUCCUGGAGAUGCUGCAAAUGUGAAUAAGCCGUCCGGCAAGCAAGUAAGCGACAAGGAGAGACCUUUCAAGCCUCGUCUUCCAUCAAAUUGGGAUAGGUAUGGGGAAGAGCUUGAUUUGGAUUCGGUGGAACUUUCUGUGGAUAGAGCGAAUGAGAAAGCUGAUGUUGCUUUGCCUAAGAGUAAAGGGGCAGACUAUAGCCAUUUGAUUGCAGAGGCUCAGUCUCAUAGUCUGUCGGAUUCCUGUGCGAGUGGCUUCCCUUCUUUAGAAGAUGUUUUGCCAGGGGACUUCAUGGAUGGAUUAGGCUCUAUGCUUUCUGUGAUGGGAGAGAGCAUUCUGUCGUGGACUGGGGAUGACAACUUUGUUGUAGAUGAUGGAGCAGCUGCGAGUCAUGAGACAUCAUUUCUCUCCUUGAAUUUGGAUGCUCUUGCGGAACAACUUGAAAAAGUAGACAUUUCAGAGAGGCUCUUUAUUGAAGCGGAUUUAAUACCUCCUGAGCUGCGCAUAUGCGGAUCAAGAGCCAGCAGCAAUCCAGCUUUGGACCAGAAACAAGCAACAUGUGAGAGUGAAGCAGUCAUGAGAACUUCUGGAGAACUAACUUCCAAAGAGCAUUCUGAAAAGCUUAAAACUGUGAAUCAAAAUACCAAAGCAACACUUUCAGGCUCUGCUGCUAGCUCCUAUCCAGAAUCAAUGUUGUUUGAUCAAGGGUCACAUUUAUCAAAUCGAGUUAAGGCUGAUUUGAAUCCUCAAAUUGGUAACUCAGGACAAAGCAGAGAUCUGGGUCAUCCAACAAAUUUGAAUUUAAAUUCUGCCACAGAUAUAAAGAAGCAGCAACCCACAUUUGAAGCAGCUGCUGCAGAAGCGGACCUGGAUAUGCUGCUCGACUCAUUUAGCGAGACCAGGUUACUCGAUUCCUCUAGUGUGAGACCUGGUAACAAUUUCCUCAUUGCGCGAAAUGAAUCUGCUCCAAAAGGUCAUGAUUCCUCUAAAACCACGUCCAUCACCCCAAAUAUUGAUGAUGUACUUGACAAUUUACUUGAGGAAACAUCCAAUCAUAAUCAGCCUGUUUUAUCUCAGCCUUCUUCUUCUUCGUCUCUGUCCAAGUCUAAGGUGUUGGAUGAUUUUGAUUCAUGGUUGGAUACUAUUUGAUUACUCUUGUACUAAACUUCUUCCCCGUGUAACCUUCUUUGAUGUGCGGAUUACUCUUUUGGAAUAUAACUUCCUCUUCUUGCUCC